AUGAUUUAUACGAGAAGCGAUCAACAAUUUCGCCGUUAUGCCAACGAACGCGCCCUUUCACAUCCUGGCGUGUUCAAGGCAUGUUCAAGGCGAUGCUCAAGGACUCCGGUACAUUCUUAUGGCUUGAGCAAUAUUUCAUCAUCACUGUGGUGGGGGUAUAAGGAUACCGCGGCCAGGGACGUUGACGGUACAUUGCCAUCUCGGCAACAAAACCCGGGGCCCUCCUUGAGGAUGCAAAAACUCGUUGAAAUAGGUUUCCUGCCUGCAUUUGCGUUAGUCUGCUAUUAUAACGGCGGCUGGGGGAACCUCUUAUCUAAGAGCCAUAUCAUUCAACGACUAUACGGGAAGUUUAGACUAGCAACUCAUCAUACUACUCUACGAACGGAUCUCAAGAGCCUUUCUGUAGAAUAUCCACGACAGCGCCUACGAGUAGCGAUAGCGGGCAAGAUAGUAUCUCAGACUCCUAGGAUUUUCCAAUUAUUACUACCUCCUUCAAAACCGUUAGUGUUUAUGCAAAUGAUCUUCCCGAAUCAACUCGAAGGCGUUGUUUCAUCAGAAGUAGUGCAAUUAGAGUCUAAUAACUUCAAGUUAGAGGCUAGAUAUUUGCAAGAGUGA